UGAUGACAGGGUUUUAGGCCGUGAAGAAAAAAUUAAGGAUGGCGACUCAGUCUUUGCUUGCAAUUCCUUCACCUCUAAGGUUUCGGCUUCUGCCGUUUCGAUGUCAACCUUGUUAUUUCCAUAAACGCUCAGAAAUUUAUCUUCCUCAUCAAACAAUUUAUACUCAUACCACUUCAAUUAAAGCAUCGGCAGCAGACCAUAACGAGCCUAAUGAGUUUAAGGUAGAGAAAUUCAAAGAAGCAAUGCCAAGUCUGGUUCAAGAAUUUCAAGGGAGAAAAGUUCAGUAUACACUCCUAGAUAGACUUCAAUUUCUUGUUCAAGAUGCAUUAAAGUGGUUGCUUUUCGGAUAUUUCAUCUUUAACUUUUUAUUCGAUGUUUCAUAUGCAUUAUUUACAAGUGGGCAACCAAUUCUUGGCCUCUUUAGUGGCUGCAUGGUGGCUCAUUUUUUGAAGGAGAUGUCCCUAGAUUUGUGUCAUCGAUCUGAGGUGAAUGAUUUAAAAUGGCGGCGUUUGGGUUUGUGUGGCUUUUUUGUGUUGCUCCAGUUUACUAUGAAAUGGAAAGUGUUGCUCAAGUUUACUACAGAAUGGUUCUCAGAAGAACAAAAGUUGUUUCUUUGGCAUGUUGGAAAUGGUGGACUAAUGCAGUUACUAUGGUAUUGGAGAAAUUUUUUCGAAGAAGCAAAGAACAAACACUGAAUGAGUACAUGGCACACCUUUUGGUUCGAGGAGGUAGACAAAUAGUAGAGUUCUAAGUUUCUAAAAAUAUGUAAACAGUGUGGUUGGGUUAAUCUUUUGAACUUGUUUCAUCGGUCUUCAUUUGUUUAUCAUACAUCAAUAACCACUUUCAAUCAUCUUGUUUUAUUUAUUCCCUUCUUAUUCAAGUGAAUGAAACAAACCUAAUGGUGCAAUUUAUCAGUAUUAUUCGUGUAACCUAUAUGUGCAGCGACUUGUGAUGUUUUAUUAGUAUGUUUUGACAUUUAAACAUGUAUAAAGUAAUGCUAGAGCAUUCAUAUUCAUCACAUGUUUUAUUAGUAUGUUUUGCAAACUA